AUGGAGAAAACAUGGAGUAGACGGGCAACUUUGUGUCCCUCCCUUUUCAGUAAGGAACAAUUAGAACAUUUGUACAAGAUCUUUUCAACUCAAGUUGUGCAUUCAUGCAAAAUUCGAGCUAAAUAUGCUCUCCACGAAUUCUAUGAUCUUUUGCCACUAGCUACUUCUAAACCCAUCGAGGCCAAGAAGGAAUUGGAGAAUCAAAGUACCUUCUUCAUGACUUUGGCUAUCUAUGGACUUCCUGUAGAAUACUCUCCCACUCGAGACCAUGGCUCCAACAUUAACAAUUCUUACAACUGGUAUCACAACACUCGUUUCUUGGGAAAAUUGUUCAUGGUACAAACAAGGAUGGAAGCUAGACUAGACAACUUGGAGAAAGGCUUUAAAAGCCUUUUGGAGAUGAUGCAUAACGUUAACCGGACGCUGCAGCAGAAAACAAAUUCUACCGAAAAAAGUGACGACGGAGGAACUCAGGGGGAAGGAAACGACAUGAGAAAGAGUUCGUUGGAGGACCGGUGGAGGAGAUUGGAAAUUCCAAUCGAGAUGAAGGCCAAGGUUUUUUCCUGGAAUGCAAAAAUAAUGAUUCAGGAGCCAGAUAACACCGCCAGUAUUCCAGCUGGAAUUCAUAAGAUUUUGGAGGAGGCUGAGUUCUUACAUACUCCCACCAAAGGAGAUGAUACAUCUGCCCUUGCUUCUUGGAGCAAUUCUUCUGGAUACUCUCACAUGGGUCUUAGAAUUUUACAUGGAAAGCCUCCUUGCCCCACCAAUCCAGCUCAAGCUUCCAUAACUGAGUCCACUCUGCCCACUGAUCAAUCUCGAGCUACUCUUGUUGCCUAG